ACCCAGCUUGCCGCGCGUCGCUCUUCUGGCCUUGAGGCGCUCCACCGAGGCUCCAAGCAUUCGAGGAAAGCAAAGAAGUAGAACACGGCCAUGGUUGCUGUGACGCUCUUUUCCUUACUUAUCUCAUGCCCUAGCCUCAAUCCCUCUUGCAAAACCCUUUGUCUUCCUUCGAAAUCUCUUCUCCUCCGAAAAGAAAAAUCUUUUCCUUCCUCGAAUCCUUCUUCCGUGAGGAGAAGGCAGGCAUUUCGCCGCAUUUGCUGCUCCGCGGCCAACAAGCCGUCUCCUUCUACCGAGAUAAGGUUAUGUUUCACGUGCGAGGAUUCCUUGUGAUACCAAUUUCAUUUGUUCUUCAGCUCAACAGCCAAGAUAAGAAGUGAGGUUCUCUCUCCUUUUCGCUCGGUACGGAUGUUUUUCUAUCUUGCAUUCGUUGCAAGUGGUGCUAUAGGAGGAUUAAUCUCUAUUACACAGUUGAUUCCUGCUCUGGCGAAUUCAUCAAGAUCAGCAGAGCUGCCUGAGAUCUUAAAGGGUCUUGGUAUAGAUAUUGGAGCAGUUUUAUUUUUUGCAUUUCUUUACACAAGGGAGAAUAGUGCUAAAAAUGUCCAACUAGCAAAGCUAUCACGGGAGGAAAGUCUCUCAAAACUUAAGCUGCGGGUAGACCAGAAUAAGAUCAUUUCGGUCAGUGAUUUGAGGGGAGUCGCCCGCCUGGUCAUUCUUGCUGGCCCUGCCUCAUACAUUGCUGAGUCCUUUAGACGGAGCAGACCUUUUUCCGAUAGCCUUCUGGAGAGAGGGGUAUUGGUGGUUCCUUUUAGGACUGAUGCAAGCACACCUUUCCAAUUUGAAGGGAAUGACGAGGAGAUGAUUGUCGACAAGAAAAGGAGGCUCUGGCAGCUGAGACCUGUUUACACUUCCGAAUGGGCCAACUGGAUAGAUGAACAGAAGAAAUUGGCUAAUGUCUCACCUGAUUCUCCAGUGUAUCUCUCUCUGCGUCUGGAUGGCCGUGUUCGUGGGAGUGGUGUUGGCUAUCCUCCAUGGAAUGCUUUUGUUGCACAACUGCCACCAGUGAAAGGAAUUUGGUCAGGACUUCUUGAUGGCAUGGAUGGAAGAGUCCUUUAAGAAUCUUUAUAUAUGUAUAUGGAAGGAAAUAUUUUGUUUAUUCCAAAUUUUUGAUUUAUAUACGUAUAUAUCAUCUCAAAUGUAUGUUUUUCUCCUGUUGGGAGAUUCAAUAUUUCCCUUCUUGGGAGUAUAGUUUAGCUAGACCAAA